AUGCUGCUCGCUCAUUUCAUAGCUCUCUUGACUUUGGCCUGGUCCUGCUCGGCUGGUCCGAUUGCACGCUCGCUAGCCUCAGGCCAGGACGCUGUAACAUCCAGUGUACCACUAGCGACAGAUUUAGUCUCGUCGACUACCUCUAUGGUAUCCGGGGCACCUCUGGCUCUUCAGAAAGACGUCGGAGAUGACGACGAUGAUGGUGGAUUGACUGUCAUUCCAGUUACACCCACGUGGCUGCUGACGUCCUCAACUGUCGAGGCAUCUUCUACAGAACUGCCAUCUUCAACAGCUCCUACUAUAUCCAGUGCCGCUUUUACACCAGCCGCAUUUGGCAAUGCAGUCUCUUCGACUACCAGCGAGGAGUCAAGCUCUACCAUACCGCCUUCAUCUACAUUGCCAAUCUCUACUUCUACUCCCAAUUUUAGUUCAAGUUCUCCAUCUGGAGCAGCUACUACGUCCCCUUCAACUCCUUCAUCCAUCCCAUCUUCUACAUCACCCUCUACGUCUACUCAAGCAUCUUCCCUGAUACCAUCUCCAUCCUCUUCAUCUGCGAUUGCUGCCUUCUCAAGUACCUUCCCUGUGGCUGUUACCGGAUCCUCUUCCACUCUGAGUACCUCAUCGACACGACCAGGAACAUCCCCCGCUUUAGCCACGGCACUAGUGAGCUCGUCUUUGUCUACAGCUCGCGCUACUACGACGGCUGCGCCAGGUUCAUCAACCCUUGAGACUUCAUCAAAUGUGCCUGCCGUUCCUACUUCGUCAACAGCUGCUAGUUUAUCUCCGUCUGCUCAACAAGCUUCAAGCUCCGAAACACACUAUACCAAAAGCACAGGUUCAUCAGCUCUGGGGAAAUCCUCUACAUACCAGCCACCAACCUCUUUGCAGACCACUGGUGUACCAUCUUCAAGUCCUGUUGCAGUCACUACUACUGACAAUAGUGAUUCACGACAGCACAUCCCAGUCUAUCCAAACACUAGCUCUGCUCGCUCCACGCUAGGUGGCCUUAUAGCUACUCUUGGGGCGAGUAUCACCCACUCGUUCACAGCUGACUCGGUCCAAUCAUCGGGCUCGAGUAUAGUGGUUUCUGCAACCCCUACGGACUCAACGUCAGUGGCCCCUAUCACUACGUCUGCUAUUCCGACCUCAUCAGCUGCAGCUACUACUCCCAGUAGUACCCCAAAUGUACAGACCACGAGCCCAAGUGUUGGGAUUGUUGGUCCAAUCUCGGAUUCUGCUACUGCCACCAGCUCGAGCGAGAUUCAGUCUUCUACGGUGCCAUCUAAAACUGUAUUGUUCAACAGCCCAGCCAGCUCAGCGUCCGCGGUGGAGACGCAGUCUGUCUCACCUGAAGCGGUUCCUGCUGCAACGACGUCAUCUUAUAUAGCAGUCAUCACGCAGCCAGUGGUCGUGUAUGUCUCCGAGGGGGCUACUGCCGCUUUUUCCACAUCCACCAUUGCACCCGCGGCCUCCUCCGAGCCCGCAGUUGCGACGACCCCUACACAGGCUACGUCAACCAAACCUACGGAGAAUACCUCCAGCUCACCCGAGCCCGAGGAAACGCAGACAUACACGAUCCACUCUACCGAGACGCACAGUCUGACUGUGACCCAGCCGGGCCCGACAAUCACCGUCACAGCUUCAACCAGCGCCAUUGAGUCUCAUAAAUCGUCCGUCCAGCAAACUACCGCUGAGCCACAGACCACACAGGCCGCGGACACCGCUCCCAAAGGCACAACAACCAUUGACAACCCAGACAACGAAUCGGGCGCGUUGACAGUGAUCCCAGUCACCCCAUCUUCUGGUAUCAUAUUUGUCACCAAGUUCGAGACUGUGACCUCUUGGAGAGCAACAAAGACUGAAACUGUGACUACCACGGAGACUACGACUGCGAUUCGCAUUCAGCUUGUUACUUGA